AUGAUCGGUCUUGAAGCUAUCAACGGCGGUGCGGCCUGGUAUCGCUGCGACCCCCCAAUGACAUUGGGCGAAGCGCCUAUUUACCGAGACAGCGACUCUUCUCUUCACUGGGUCGACUGUCUCGCAAACCCGCCAGAGCUGCACAUCCUUAAGGUCGAUCCAGAUACGGGUGAUGCCCUCGGCCGCGCUCACAUCCUGAAGCUCUCAGACAGCGUGACGGUGCAUUUCUUCCGAAAGGACACACCCGGAAGUUAUAUAUGCGCCUAUUACCAGGGUGUUGCAUUCCUUGACGAGGAGACCGGCCGACUAGACAUUCUCAAAGAGAUCAUCCCGACCGAGGAUAGGGGCAUUCGACGGUUCAAUGACGGCGGCGUUGAUGUAAAAGGACGAUUCUGGAUGGCGGAGAUUGAUAUAAAGGCCAUGAGCUUCGGGCCGAACAAAAUGCCCGAAAGCUAUGGGACCCCCAUCGGACGUCUAUGGAGGUACGACCCUGAUGGAAGCCUUCAUGAGAUGGACAGUGGCUUUGUUUGCGGCAAUGGCUUGGCCUGGAGCCCAGACAAUAAAACCAGUGAGCAUAUCUUGAACGUGCAUAUGUGCAAGAUAGUCAUCAAGCUGACAGUAUUACAAGUGUAUGUUAACGACUCUGUUGCGAUGAAAGUAUUUAGCUACGCUUUCGAUGCGGAAACGGGUGCCAUCUCCAACAAGAGAUUGUUCAUUGAUCGACGAGACAGCUUCGGCGAGCCGGAUGGAAUGGUAGUAGAUACCGAGGGCAACCUUUGGAUAGCUGUUUUCGACUCAAAUCGAGUCAUGGUAUUCUCUCCAGAGGGCGUCCAUUUGAAAGAUAUUCUUUUCACAGCGAGGAACAUGGCUUGCACGACUUGGGGAGGGAAUAAUAUGAAUCUACUCUUCGUCGCAACGGGCAAGGACAGGAAGUCAACUGCAAAAGCUGAGGACGAAGGUGGCCACAUGUUUCUUUACAAGGCACCACCUGGAGUUACCGGCACGGACAAGCAUAAGUUCGCGGGUUGA